AGCAAACCCCUCCGAAUACGCAGUCACAAGAUUCACAACCCUCACUCUGUACUCUCUCUGUUUCUCAUCCAAAGGGUUAGGGUUUAUCUUCUCCUCUCUCUCUCUCCAAUGGAUCCAUCUAAGAAGCGAAAGCUAGACGAGAACGGCGUCGUUCUGGACACCGACCCCUCCUCCAUCCCCAAACUCUCCCCCGAAGACGCUCGCAAGCUCAUUGAGCGAUUCAACCCCGAUCAACUCAUCGACAUUCUCCAAGACGCCGUCACCCGCCACGUGGACGUCCUUGACGCCGUCCGAUCGAUCGCCGAUCUCGAUGCCUCUCAGCGCAAGCUCUUCAUCCGAGGCCUCGGCUGGGACACCACCACCGAGGGCCUCCGCGCUCUGUUCUCCGCCUACGGCGAGCUCGAGGAGGCCAUCGUCAUCCUUGAUAAGGUCACCGGAAAAUCCAGGGGCUACGGCUUCGUCACAUUCAGACACGUCGACGGCGCUCUCUUAGCCCUAAAAGAGCCGAGCAAGAAGAUCGACGGUCGCAUGACCGUGACUCAGCUCGCGGCCGCAGGUGGGUUGUAUUAA